CUUCGAUAGUGGGAGUUUUGGCCCAGCGCGGCACCACACCGAGCAGCGCACUUGAGGCAAGAGCAGGUCACCUUCUCGCGGCUGUAUUCGCAGUAUUUGGUACUCAAACAACUUGCCAUGGAUUCACCCAGUCCUGACCUGAGCCUGUUGCCUUUGGAUUCAUCUGCUCAAGAAAAGCUUGUGGAAGAAAUUCGGCAAUUGUUGAAUGCCAAAUUAACUGAGGCCGAGAUUCCUCCGAAACUUGAUAGAUUCAUCAAAACUUUUGGCUAUGAAGUGGUGAUGAGUUCUGGCGACAAAUUCCAGGAAGGAAGUUUGGGAGAAGUCCUGCAUGACCAGAUGCAAAACCUUCCAAGUAAUCACGAACGCUACAAAUUCCUCAUUAAUGAUUUUGCCAAGGUCAACAUACUGAUGAAAGUGCAGAAUGCUCUUCUGGCCUGGGUGCGAAAGUGCCGGAUCUGUGGCAGUGACGAGGCCAAAUUCUUCACUUGCUGCCCUCACGAAGCCUCGCUGUGUGUCCAUUGCACCCUGGCCAGAACUGGCUGCGGCUACGAAGACUGCAACUGGGGAAAAUGCAACGUCAAGCUCAUAGUUUAAUAACAACUUAUCUAGCGCUCAUUAUUUAAAAGACGCUUCUUAUCUUAUGCAUUUCUCUUUACUUUGAAAAUUAGGAAAUUUCAAGAGAGCAGAAGCAAAUAACAAGACCAAUCUGUUUUGUUUAUUCAUUGUUGAACAACAUUUGGGCAGAGUUAACUUUCCUGCUCACUAUUAUUUUCUUCAACGCUCCAACGAUACCAUGUAAAACUUAUUCAUCAAAAUUCAAAAUAUAUUUAGUUUAAAAACAAUCAAUUUAAGUCAAGAUUUUUGUGUAUUACCUCAAUAUUAAUAUUAAUGAUUCUUAUUUUGUUAACAUUUAAUAUUAUGAAAUAAAAAAUUAUUACAGUAAAUAAAUUUUGUUGCAUCUUCAAAGAAUUUUUUUUUCACGAACUUCUUGUCUUGUUUUAGAAUGUAACUAAUUAAUUAUAUAAAAUUUCAUCUAAAUUAUGGGAUUGAUGAAUUUAGUUUAUCCUUAAAUAAA